UUUGAUCUAACCUUGGUUAAGAAAUGAUAACCUUUAUGCUUAACCACACACUCCAUAGUUUAUUUAUUUAAAAAAUAAAAAAAAAAUGUCCUUGAGAUGUGGAUAUGACCAAUGAGGGAAGGAGAGAGUCCUAAAAGGUCCCAAGUCCCAACAACUACUAGUAGGAGUACUAUUUUUAGGACACUCCCAAUUAAUUUUAUAGUAAUUUCUAAUUAUUUAUUUAAGCCAAUAGGGGCAGCCAAGAAAUUCAACCCUUCAAUGGCGGUGCAUUUUGGCCCCUUACCAUUUCUGACUUCAUCUCCACUCCUACUACUCAUCACACUCACACCCACAAACUCAAUUUCACGGUGUCUCCCAGUUGGGGUUCGUUCUUGAAUUUCUUAACCUUCGCACAAAACAUCUUGAUUUCAUUGGUUACAUAGAGAAUUUACUGCUUUCAUACUAAAUUAUUCAAUUAUAUGGUGAGCAUAAUGAAUGGGUUAUGGGAUGAUGAGAAGAGAAGUGGAAUGGAAGAUGAGUUUAUCAGGAGGUACCACAAGCAUGAAGUCAAGGAGAAUCAGUGUUCUUCAUCCCUCAUCAAACACAUCAAAGCUCCGGUUCAUCUUGUAUGGUCUUUGGUAAGGAGAUUUGAUCAACCUCAAAGAUACAAGCCCUUCGUGAGCCGGUGUGUUGUUCAGGGUGAUCUCGAGAUCGGAAGUGUCAGAGAAGUUAACGUCAAGUCGGGACUACCAGCCACCACUAGCAGGGAAAGAUUGGAAUUUCUGGAUGAUGAGGAACAUAUCUUUAGCAUGAGGAUUGUUGGUGGAGAUCACAGACUAAAGAAUUACCUAUCCACCGUCACUGUCCAUCCUGAGGUCAUUGAUGGUAGGCCGGGGACAUUGGUCAUUGAAUCAUUUGUGGUUGAUGUGCCAGAAGGGAAUACAAAUGAUGAAACCUGCUAUUUCAUUGAGGCCUUAAUCAAGUGUAACCUUAAGUCACUCUCUGAUGUCUCGGAGCACUUAGCUCUGCAGGAUAGAGCCGAGCCACUUGAUAGAAAUUGAGAUUCAAAGUGGACACUCCUAUGUUUUCUGUACCAUUCGAGCAUUGUCAUCGAAAUAUAUGGUUUCUGGUUAGGAUGCCUAGAAGAGAGAUCAGUUCUCUGCCAGUCCUCAACAUCUGAAUGAUAUGCCCAUUGCCAUAUUCCUACUGCCUCGCUGCUUGCUUCCUUUCACUUCUGUAAGAACGUAAUUCCUUUGCUUCAUUACGGGUCUUGAUUUGUGUGUAUAUAUAUGAGUACCAUGUCGCUGCUGUGGAAUUGUUGUUAGCAGGAGUAUGCUCUGCAAGUAUCUUUCUGUUUGUCAUAUGAUGUGAAGCUGUUGAUGUUGUUAGAUAGGUUAUAUCCCAUAAUAGAAUCGUAUCCAUGAGCAGGAUAUCUUUUCUUUGUAGCUUGUGUCUUGCUUUCUCUCAAGAAAAAUAAUGCUCAAUUAUUGAGUUUGUAAUGUGAGCCAUGUUCAAGACUUUUGUUCUUACAUUUUAGUUAUAUAUAGAUAAAGUUUAUGAUAUAUUAUAGAAGCAUUUUGCACCCUUGCGCAAGUCCAGGUUGGCUCUACUGUCAUUCCAUUCAUAUACUAAAGCAGUUUCUUAUAAAUGAAGACAUAGCGUACAUUACUCCCUGGCUCUCAUAUUAAUAGUUCGGUUGUUCAACGAAGUGGAUUAUUACUAUAAGGGCAAGGGAGUAUAGUUUCUGCGGUAAGCAAUGGCAAGCUAUGCAUGGCAUAAGAUCCUAUUUCCGUCAGUUUUAUUGUUGCUGUCCCAGUAGUCAUAUUGUACUUGCAUAUAGUUAAGAAAACGACACUUUUGAGAACUCAUCUGGAGUCGCUUUAGCAAUUUGCAUUGUAGAGUGGCUAAUGGACUGUGGAGACAUGAAAGCAUAUAUCUUAAACAAAAAUGGGGAUAGUGGAGGAUGCAUGCGCAGAUUCUUGUGGAGAAUAACGGGAUUCAGACAUAUGAGUUCAUUGAACUUUCUGUGAUUGAUUGGUAGCCUGUUCUUUAUAGAGUUUGGCUUUAUUCUGCAUGUUCCCAUUACCUACCUAUUUCCUUUAUCUUUAUGUAUUAUAGCUUUGAGCCAUGUUAAAAAGGACACACCAAACCAAAAUUAAAAAAAAAAAAAAAAUUUGAAGAAGCAAAUUGGAACAGGUACAUUGAUAACGAUGAGGAACUAGGGACAAAAAAUUGUGGUGAUUCUUGAUUUUCUUUUUCUUCUUUUGGGAAGAAAAAAAGAGAAGGGUUUUCUUUCUUUUUCUUCUUUCUUUUUUGAGAAUCAUAAGAUGGUGGGAGCAAUAAGCAGCAAUCUGAAUGAGCUGGCCAUGGCAAGUUGUUUUUUAUUGAGUGAUCAAUGGGAAGUUCAUCCCCACCUUUUGCUCAAUAUGAGCAGUACCUUAUCAGUCCAUUCAUGUAUUAUAUUUGCAUUUAAACCUCAGGUUGCUGGCUGGAUGGGUC